UUUGUUUUUGACCAACAUGAAUCGCCUUGGUCAAAUAAAACAAGAAUCAACAACGGCAACAAUUGAUCAAAAAAAGAUUAGUUGACUCGUUCAAGUUGCUUCAUAAAACAAAAGAACUGAGUCAAAAGGUCAAAUUAAAAAAAAAUAAAAUAAAAGAAAAAUUCAAUCUUAUCCAGCUUAGAAUCUUCCUCACAAAAACCCUUUCUUUCUCAUUUAUUCUCUCCAUAAAUUCUCCUUCUGUUUCUCUUUGCCGCCAUAACCAUUACCAAACUCAAGCUCUCUCUCCCUCUUUCAUUAAACAUGAGAAACCAUUUCUUCAAAUCUCCUGCCAGAUCCACGCCGUCUCAUUCCCCGCCGUCUCAUUCUCCGCCGUCGCACGCCCUCUGUGAGUCUCUAAUGGAGGAGAAUAUCGAUGUUGCAGAAACCCUAAUUACGAAGUGGGAUUGUACUGCUUCCUCUUAUGCCGACAUCACUCCUCUGUUUCAAGACGACCGCUACGAGGCCAACCAGUACCUCAAAGCUGUCAAGGAUUUACAAACGGCGAUGCAGUAUUUCGGCUCCGAGCAUAUGAGCUCUCACCAUCUUGUUCGUGCUCAGAAUUUGAUGCAGACUGCUAUGAAGAGGUUGCAGAGGGAGUUCCAUCGGAUUUUGGCGGAGAAUCGAGCGCAUUUGGAUCCGGAAUCGAUUUCGAAUCGGUCGUCUAGAGAUUCUGUUUUGACUGGUAACUCUGAUUUGGAAGAUGAGCCUGAGGAUGAUUUGCGAUUUGCGAACGAGAAUGUUACUGAGGAGGAGCGGAUUUCGAGAUCGGCUAUAGCGGAUUUGAAAUCGAUUGCGGAAGGUAUGAUUUCUGCUGGUUAUGGUAAAGAAUGUGUGAAGAUUUAUACUGUUAGUAGGAAAUCCAUUGUUGAGGAAGGAUUGUAUAAUCUUGGAGUUGCGAAAACGAGUUAUCAUCAUGUUCAUAGAAUGGAGUGGGAGGUUUUGGAAGUGAAAAUCAAGAACUGGUUGAAUGCUGUUAAAAUUGCGGUUAAAACUUUCUUUGAAGCGGAGAAAUUCCUCUCCGAUCAAGUUUUUUCGUGUUCUGCUUCGAUUCGAGAGUCUGUUUUCUCAGAAAUAACUAAAGAAAGUGCUCUGACUCUCUUUGGCUUCCCGGAAAUGGCGGUGAAAUCGAAGAAAACUCCGGAGAAAAUUUUCCUGAUUCUUGAUCUGUACGAAGCGAUCUUCGAUCUCUGGCCGGAAAUCGAAUCGAUGUUCAUCUACGAAUCGACAGCCUCCAUCCGAUCUUUAAUCGACCAUUCGCUAACAAAAAUCGCCGAAAGCAUCCGCUCCAUGCUCAUCGAUUUCGAAUCUCACAUCCAAAAAGACUCGUCCAAAACGCCAGUCCCAGGCGGCGGAGUUCAUCCACUCACUCGCUACGUGAUGAACUACAUCGCAUUCCUCAGCGAUUACAGCGGAAUCCUCCCCGGAAUAGUGGCGGAUUGGCCGUUAACGCUCCAUUCUCCAUUACCGGAAUCCUUCUUCGGCGGUAACGAUCCAGAAGAAAAUCCUCUCACCAUACGCAUGGCUUGGUUGAUUCUAGUCCUUCUCUCGAAGCUCGACAGCAAAGCAGAGGUAUACCACGACGCGCCUCUGUCGUACAUCUUCCUCGCAAACAACCUGGAGUACAUCGUCGUGAAGGUACGAACCUCAAAUCUCAGAUUCGUUCUCGGAGACGAGUGGAUCGAGAGCAAUGAAACUAAGGUGAAGCAAUACGCGUCAAGCUACCAACGGAUGGGAUGGAGCAGAGUGUUCUUAUCAUUGCCGGAGAAUCCAACGGCGGAUAUCUCGCCGGAAAGAGCAAGAAAACACUUCCACGAUUUCAAUAUCGCAUUCGAAGAAGCGUAUAGACAUCAAGCGUCGUGGAUUGUGACGGAUUCGAGGCUACGUGAGCACAUAAAGAUCUCGCUGGGGAAGAAACUCGGCACGCUCUACGGUGAGUUCUACAUGAAAUACCGUUCGCGAUUGGAGAAUCUAUACGGAAGUGAUUCGGAGGUGAGAUUUGCGCCGGAUGAUUUAGGAAACUACUUGUCGGACUUGCUUCACGGCGAUGGGAAUUCAGGGGGGAGUGUUUCUUCAUCGUCGUCGUUGUCGUCUUCGCCGUACCAUUUUCACGGUGGUCGGCGGAGUGGAUGAGGGCGGCGGAUAAGGACAAAUUUUAGAAGUGAUGUGUGAAGGAUAAAUUUUCAGACGUGUAUAAAUCAAAUUGUCUGUUUUUCAUUUUCUUCCUUAUUUUUCUUUUUUGAUGGAUUGAUUGAUUAUUUUGUAAUGUAAAUUCCCUUUCCCCAUUGGUGGGGACACUUGUUUAGUGGAAUUGGGUACAUCACCUUUUUGUUAAAA